GGUUUCUACUGUAUGCUCGUCCGUUCUCGCAAAGACAUGUUCAAGGCUCUCUGAGCCUGGGAUUGGUUGGUGUACGGCCCAACAACGUCCCGGCCUCCAUCACCCUGCCUCGCCGGCAUCGUGCUCUCGGCCGUGUCUCGUACCUGAGCGCAUGGACAGAUCCUAUAUUCCUGUACAACUCUUCAUCCUUCCCAAUCCUUCACGGUUCUUCAGUCCUUCGCGCUCGCUCGCCUACUUAUCUUCAUGUUGUGCUCCUACUUGCAUCUUCGACGUCAUCACCCUUGUGAGCACGUCGUCAACGCUCCGUUCGCGGAAUGGAAUUUCUUUUGGGGGCGAAGGCUGGAAAGGAUACGGAUGGUCUCGCAUUUUCUUCGGUCCCGCUGGCUUGCAAGAUCACAACUUUCAUGCUCUUUGUCUCAUCAAUCAACACAACUCGGCAGUAGAGACCAUCAUGCGACGGCACCUGACGGCACGGCAGUUGCAACGCGUGGGCGAACGUCAGGUAGCGCGCGUUUCUUAUCAGGUUUCGCGCGUCAAUUAUAACCUUCGUCUCGCCAUCCCCAGUGCCAGCGUGGCGAGUCGCCUUCGAGCUGGUGCUACCCGGUGCAACACCUUCGAUGGAUGACAUGGAAGCACAUUUCAUCGCUUGAUGGCGCUACCGAGUGACGCAGCCGCACUGUGCACCGGAAGGCUGUUAGUGUAUAAAAGCGCAUCAGAGUCGUCGUUGAAAUAACAGACUCCCAGUUUUCGCAUCCUCCCCUGCUCGUCUUCUCCUCUGCUCUCUUCAGCCAUGUUCAAGGUCGCCCUCCUCACCAACCUCCUCCUCGCUGCCGCAGCUCUCGCUGUCCCCACCUCGUCCGAGCGCCACGCCGCCCGCGUCGCUCGCCGCCAGGGCAAGCCCAUCAUCCGCAUCGAGGGUGCAGAGGACGCCAAGAUCUCCCAUGUCCAGUACUCCAACAACUGGGCUGGUGCCGUCUACUCUGAGGCUGCUGGCACUUACAGCGCCGUGACUGGUACCUUCACCGUCCCCACCCCCUCCGGCUCGGGCUCCGCCUCUGCUUGGGUCGGCAUCGACGGUGACUCGUGCGGAAACGCCAUUCUCCAGACCGGUAUCGACUUCAACAUCAACAAUGGCCAGGUCUCCUACGAUGCCUGGUACGAGUGGUACCCCGACUACGCCUACGACUUCUCGGGCAUCAGCGUCAACGCCGGCGACCAGAUCAAGCUGACCGUGACCGCAUACAGCACGACGUCGGGCAUCGCUGUGAUCGAGAACCUGAGUAACGGGCAGCAGGUGCAGCAGCAGCUAACGUCGAGCAGCGCGCUGUGCGAGCAGGACGCGGAGUGGAUCGUUGAGGACUUCGAGUCCGGCGGCUCGCUCGUGCAGCUCGCCAACUGGGGCACCGUCACCUUCACCGACGCGUCUGCCACCACGUCCUCCGGCAGCCAGGGCCCCGGAAGCGCCGGCGAGAUCGACCUCGUCAACAGCAGCGGCCAGACUGUGUCCUCGGUCCAGAUUUCUGACUCGAGCGUCACUGUUACCUAUACCGGCAACUAAG